CAUCUUCUCAUUCAAUGAGGCUACCAAACAAUUGAUGAACAUAGAUCCACACAGCGUCGGUGCAAGGCCCCACAUAAUAACAUGUCUGAGAAGAUGAAAUUGACAUUUUAAAGUUGAAAUCAACUCUUGGCAUUCUUUGUCGUGGUUUAUUGGUAACCACUUUAGAUCAAUAGAAUUGUCGAUGAAUUGUAUUUCUAAUUAAUGAUUGAACUUUAUAAAAUAUAAAAUUCUAACCUAACUUCUAAUUUCUAAUUUCUUAUCAUUAUUCCUGUCAAAAAAAAGAAGAAAGAAUCUGUUAGCUCUCUCCCCUCUUCCCUAACCCCCCAUAAACCUUUGAUAUUAAAAGUGAGCAAGAUCACGAGGGUAUGGAAUUUACGUUCUUACCCGCAUCACUUGUUUGCUCCAAAACUUGUCUUCUCGUAUCCCAAUCACUUUCAUCUAAUUGCACAAUUCUCUAAAUCAAAUCUUGCUCACCACUCUUUAGAACAACACCCAAUUCCUUGGCAAAUCCCCACAUGUCUUGCACAUCCCCACAUGUCUUGCACAUCCCUUAACUCAUCCUUUUGUGUACCACUUCAAUUGUAAUUUUUGAUGCCGCUAUCAUCGAUAGAAUCAUCUACCACCUUCAUUUCUCGGUUUGAUGCAAAGCUCACCCUUUGCUCCCUAUACUUCUUCUUCAUCGUUGCUUUUCCUUUCCCUCUAAAAUUAAUCGUAGUAGAUUCAAUUGGUGCAGAAAUCCUGUAUACUGAAGCGCAUGAUUUGCUCUCCUUCUUCUUUUCUUUUGGUUGUGUCUCAAUUUUCUACCCAUCCAUUCUUCUAACUACCCAGAAUCACUCUCCAUCUCCUUGCGAAAGGCCAUCGGAUCAAGCUCUUCAUUUGAUUCCUUUGAAAGUGCUCUAUCCACCCGGCCCUCAAUCUCUUCUAACAACAAAAACAGAUUGUGAAUGAGAAGAUGAAAUUGACAUUUUGAAGUUGAAAAUGGAUUUCAUAGAGGAGAAAUCCCUAGAUCCCCAAAUUAGUUCAAGUCAUCAAUUGAAGGCCAUCUCAGAAUAAAAAAAAACAGUUCACAUCAUGUUAAUAAAUAUCAGGUCACUAAAUCAGAUCUCACAUGCACCAGAGUCAGUAAUGUAUUAACAAUAAAUGGUUGAGUUUUACAGUAAAUUAAUGUUUCAUAA